AUGAAUUAACAAAAGCCUCCAUCAAAUUCAACGAAAAAAAUAGAUUAAUCUGUUUCAACAAUUACUAGGAAAUCACAAUCUGCAUCAAGAAAAGAUUCAUCUUUUUAAUAGGCUGCUGUCAGAUAAGUCUUAGUAGGCGGACAACCAGGAGAUGGGUUAUGGUGUUAUUCUUAAGAUUAGCCUUAAACAAAUCUGGCUAGUAUAAAGGAUAUUGACACACAGAUGAAUUAAAAGUUCAAGUAAAUUGAAUCCAAUAUUGAAUCAGAAAUAGUGGAAACUUUAAGAUAAUAAUGUCAUUAGUUAGGGUUAGAUUUGGAGAAUGUGAAUGUUUAGAAUUAAAAUUUAAAGAUUGAUAUCGCUUAAUAAAAUAAAUACAUAGAUUAAUAAACCAAAAAGCUUGAAACAGCAAUGAAGGAAAUUGAAAAUUUAAGGAAUGUUAAAGCAUCUCUUUAAUCUUAAUGUGACACAAUUAAAGAUCUCUAUAAUAAAACUAAAAGGGAUUUAGCAGGAGUGACUUAAGAAUUAGAAUAAGAAAGGAAAGAAAAUGAAGAGAUGACUCAAUAGAUGGAAAAAUUAUAAGGAUUAUAUUAAGAAAUGUAAAAGGCAAAUAAAGCAGAAGUUGAUAAUCUGAGAGAGCGAGUAGAAGAAUUGGAAGAAGAGAAUGAGGAAUUUAAAAGAAAGUUAUAAAUAAAAGUUGAAAUAGAUAAGAGAUUGGAUUAAGAAAGAACUAUCCAAUAGAAUUAAUAGAAGUUAAAUUUGGUAUCUGAAAAUGAGAGGAAAUUAGAAAGAAUGGGUAAGCUAUUGGAAGAAAAUGCUACUUUAAGUGAAAAACUAGGAGAGAGUGAAACAUUAAGAAGACGAUUUAUGGAGAAAAAUAAUCAAUAUGAAAAAGAAAUUAAAAUUGUAAACCAUCAAAUUUAUAUUGUUUAGCUUGUAGAAAGCAAAUUAGAAGUUGAAAAACAAAUGGUAGCGUUAAAAAAAAGAGUAAAUGAUUUAUAAGUAAUGAAAUCAACUAAUCAAAAAAUAUUGGAAGAUAAAAUCAAUAAAUUAUAAGAGUAAUGUACUUAAUAGCAGAAAUAAAUUGAAAAAAUGAAUCAAAAGUCAAAAAGAAACUAAACCUAAUAAAUCCAUCAUCAGCAAAACUAAGAGGAGGAAACCUCAGAUUAUGAAGAUGUUGAAUCUAAACCAUAACUCUUUGGGGCUUGA